AUGGAGUCAAAAAUCCCUGAUGUCGAGGAGCAUCCCUCGCGCUUCUACAACAGUGAGAAACCCGACAGCUCGGCCUCUUCGGAUGGCCAGCCCGACUGGACGGAUGAGGAGGAGAAGAAGCUGGUCCGCAAGAUCGAUCUGAUCUUGAUGCCCCUUCUUAUUCUCCCAUUCAUUGCUCUUCAGCUCGACCGGGGCAACAUGGGCAACGCAGUGACCGACGGCUUCAUGGAAGACGUAGGGAUCAACCAGGCUCAGUACAAUGUUGGUCAGCAGCUGCUGUCUGCAGGAAUCGUCGUUUUGGAGAUCCCGUCCAACCUUGUCUUGUAUCGCCUUGGCCCGCAGGUGUGGAUAAGCUUCCAGAUCUUCGCCUGGGGCCUCGUGGCCACUUUUCAGGCAUUCCAAAAAGGCCUCGGAGCCUAUCUGGCUACCAGGCUCCUGCUUGGGUUGAUGGAGGCUGGCUUCAUCCCUGCCUCUCUCUAUGCCAUCACAACGUGGUACAAGACGAAAGAGAUGAGCGUACGUUUCGCCAUCUUCUUCUUCGGCAACUACGUUGCGCAAGCCGCCUCGGGAUUGAUUGCCUACGGCGUCCUUCACAUGCGUGGAGUGGCUGGUUUGACAGGCUGGCAGUGGUUGUUCCUUAUUGAGGGCAUGUACACGGUCGUGGCCGGGGCCAUCUACAUGGCAUUUUACCCCAAGAGCCGAGACGAUCCAGUUCCCUUCACGCGCAUCACGUACUUCAACGAGAGAGAAAAGCACAUCAUCGCACAGCGAGUCAUUUUGGACGACCCGAGCAAGGCCACUGGAGCGCGGAAGACGAUUUCGAUGGAAGAGCUGAGAUGGGCUCUGUCGGACUGGACGAUUUACCCUCACUGCCUCCUUACUAUCGCUGCGCUCGCGCCAUCAUCGACGUACAGUGCCUAUGGACCCAAGCAGAUCAUCUCUUUCGGCUACGAGAAGCUCCAGAGCAACGCACUCUACUCGAUUGGUCUUUGGAUACAACUCUUCACUUCUCUGGGAUUCAGCUUUUGGGCUGACAAGCUCAAGAAGAGAGGCAUUCCCGUCGGCACCGCCCUUGCCCUGUGGUGGGGCUUCAACCUUGGUGCGUUGGUUGUGCGCUACUCGGACAAUCACGGCAAGAGACUUGCUAUGAUGAUCAUGGCCCUGGCCUUCUCCAACAUCUGGCACCCCUUGAACAGCUCGUGGCUUGCCAUCAAUGCACGGUCUCCGGCGGACCGGAGCAUCAAGAUGGCAUGCAUCGUCAUGUCGGCCAACUUGGCUGGUAUCAUCGGUAGCCAGAUCUUCCAGCCAUCCGACUCGCCUACCUACACCGUCGGUCGCACCGUCAACGUGAUACUGAUAUCUGUCGCGUUGUUCUUCUGCUUGUUGCAGAACGGGGUGUAUCGCGUGCUGAAUCUUCGCAACAAGCAGAAGAUCAAAGCCGGCAAGGCCGAGGAGAACGAAGUCCGGAAAUAUAUGCUGUGA